UUCAAACAGCAACAAUAUUGACUCAUAAAAUGAAAGGAAAUAACAUCCCUUAUCGACAAGUCUGCAAUCGUAGGAAUGUUAUUUGUCUUCAGGCCUAGAGCUGUUUUUGCAAUCUCCCCUUCAAGGUAACAGCGGAAUAAGUUAUUUUUCGUUUCAAUCUCUAUAACACUGGGCUUUAAUAUUUUUAUUCUGAUUACAAUUUGAUUUUAGAUGAUAUGGGAUAAUCGGAGGACUUAAACAAAAUAGAUAGGAAAAUAACGCUGAUGGUUCUCAAUGACACUAUUAAGUACUUAAUGUUGUUCCUCACCAAGAUGUCGCGUGGUUCGCAUAUCCAACGAGAAUGGGACGUCAAAGCAUCCAAAUUGGCGCGGAAUACUUUUAAUCCUAUAAGAGACAUUAUUGAAACUCUUGAUAUAAAACCGAAUCCUGAAAAAUCAUACAUUCCGUUGUCUGUCGGCGACCCUACCGCAUUUGGCAAUUUAAAACCUUCCGAUAAUAUUAUUGAUGCCAUUUGUGACACUGUCAAACUAAAUUCAAGUCGGAACUAUGGUCCCACGAAUGGUCACUUGGACGCGAGGCAAGCUGUGGCCGAGUACAGCGUACAUCAGGGACAAGUGACUGCAGAUGAUGUCAUCCUCUGCAGUGGCUGCUCACAUGCCAUCGAUAUAGCCCUCACGGUCAUCGCAGAUUCCGGGCAAAAUGUCCUCAUUCCUCGGCCUGGCUAUCUGAUACACAAAACUCUAGGAGAAGGAUUGGGAAUCGUCAUUAAGUACUACGACCUAUUGCCUGACAAGAACUGGCAAGUUGAUAUCCGAAGUCUCGAAAACCAAAUAGACGAGAACACAGCAGCAAUCGUAGUAAACAAUCCUUCCAAUCCUUGUGGCUCAGUUUACGACAAGGAGCACCUAAAAGAUAUUCUUGAUGUAGCGUCAAGAAAUCGCGUGCCAAUAAUCGCAGACGAAAUUUACGAACACUUCGUUUUCUCCGAUAAUGAAUUCACAGCUUUGUCGUCUUUGUCUGAAGAUGUCCCAGUUUUGACUUGCAGCGGAGUCACGAAGAGAUUUUUGGUCCCGGGAUGGCGACUCGGCUGGAUUAUUAUUCACGAUCGACAGAACAUCUUAAGAAAGGAAGUCCGGAAAGGAUUGUUGAGUAUGUCGACAAGAAUUCUUGGCCCAAACACCCUUAUACAAAAGGCUUUACCCAGAAUACUUAAAGAAACUCCACAAAGUUUCUUUGAUGAAACUAUAUCAUUUAUUGAGAGUCAAGCGAAGUUGGCGUUUAAGGAGUUGCAAAAAAUUUCCGGCCUCCGACCGAUCAUGCCACAAGGAUCCAUGUAUAUGAUGGUCGCAAUAAAUACAUCUCUAUUUCCCAAAAUCAAAGACGAACUACAAUUUAUAACUCUACUGUGUAAUGAGCAAUCUGUUCUUUGUAUUCCGGGAGCGUGUUUCAACUAUCCAAACUACAUUCGGAUCGUGUUGACGGUGCCUGAGGAAAAACUAAGAGAAGCGUGUCACAGAAUAGCAACAUUCUGCGCAAAACACAUGAGCAUCGAACCCAUUACGAAGAUGGACAAAGAUGUAGUAUCCAUGGUCCAUGAUCAAUCUACGCACGCAUCGUCUAAACAAACACGAGUGAAGAAUAUUGCUUAAUUAUGUAGUAAUUGUAAUAAGUUUUAAAUAAAAUACAAUGUAUCCUGUCAUUUCACUUCACAUCAACCUUUUUCAUCUUUAAAUUUGGGAUCAUAUUUGGAUCAUUUCAUCAUAAAAUCAUGUAGAGAUUUUAUUAAGUACAUAAACUAAAAUCCCUAGGGGUAAAAGUCAUCUGUAAUAGUAUAGUUUAUAAUGAGCACUUACCUAAGUAAAAAUAUAAAAUGAAAUACUUUAUUUUCGGUGCAC